AUGUUAUAUUUGUCAUGUGGUCGUACAAAUUCUCUUCGUUGCUUAUACGGAACGGAAAAAAGGUUUGGCGCCAACAUCUCUACUGCACCAAGUUCAAGUUUCGGAUCAUUGAGAACAUUAUGUAAUUCUACAGGCGAGCUUGUUAUGCAAUCCUAAAAAAUUUCAGUGACAAAUUGAAAGCAAAAUAUACCUGUGAUAAAUUGCACCGCAGCGCCCAUCGUCCCCACCUAAAUAAUUAUAAUUAGUGAUUAAAAAUUUUUCUCACAUUGAAUUGUUGCAAGUUUUUGCAAGGUAACGCAUCCCCUCGUUUCUUUCUAUCCUCGUUGGAUCUAAAUGUAUUCCAUAUUCUCUUUGGUUUCUUUCAAUAAAUUCUUUUUUCCGCUGAUCCUCGAUCUCAGGAUUGCCAGGGACUAGUACACUACUCG